AUGGCUGCAAUAAUGGUGAGCGCUUCAACUGGGGUGAUGAACUCUCUCCUGCGUAAGCUGGCCACCUUGAUGGGGGACGAGUUCGCCAAGCUAACGAACUUGAGGAAGGAGGUUAAGCACAUCAUUGAUGAGCUGGGCAGUAUGAAGGGUGCUCUGGAGAGCCUUGCAGAUGUGGAUGAGCUAGAUAUACAGACGACGAGGUGGAGAGACGAGGUCAGGGAGAUGUCUUAUGACAUCGAGGAUAUUAUCGAUGACUUCAUGUGCAAAAUUGGGGAGAAGAAGAAAAAAUCUGGGUUUGUCCACGACACUAUUCAACGCCUCAAAACUUCAAGGGCCCGCCAUCAGAUUGCUGGUCAGAUUGAGGACAUAAAAAAACUUGUGCGUGAAACAAGUGAACGGCGUGAAAGAUAUAAGCUCGAUGCCCCCAAAUCACAUAGUGUGGCAAUUGACCAACGAGUUGUCGCACUCUAUGAAAAUGCAGCUAAACUUGUUGGUAUGGAGGGCCCAACCAAAGAGAUUAUCAGUUGCCUAAACGAUGAGGAGAAGGAUAAAAAGCUGAAGGUUGUAUCAAUUGUUGGUUUCGGAGGUUUAGGUAAAACAACACUCGCCAAUGAGGUAUACCAUAAGCUGAAGGGGCAAUUUCACUGUGGUGCAUUUGUGCCGGUGUCUCAGAAGCCAAAUAUUCCAAAACUUCUACAUAGUUUAUUAACCCAACUUGGGUGUGGCCAAUCAUUUCAUGAUUGUGAGUUAAAUGUUCUUCUCGACCAACUCAGAGAAAAUCUAAAAAAAAAGAGGUACUUGGUUGUCAUUGAUGAUCUAUGGGAUGCAUCAGCAUGGAAUAUUAUUAAAUGUGCUUUCCCAGAAAAUGAACUUCAUAGUAGAUUAAUAGUAACUACAAGAAUCAAGAAUGUAGCUGCGGCAUGUUGUUUGGGUCACCACAAGCAUAUUCUGGAAAUGAAACCACUUAGUGAAGAAGACUCAAGGAAAUUGUUUUUUGAUAGGAUAUUUUGCUCUGAAGAAGCUUGUCCAAGUCAACUCAGAGAUGUUUCAGUGGAGAUUCUCAAGAAAUGUGGUGGUCUGCCACUUGCAAUCAUUAGCAUAUCCAGCCUAUUAGCAAGUGGAACUUUUAACCAAAAGGAGAGGUGGAAACAUGUACAGAAUUCUUUGGGGUCAUUGUCGGGCACAAAUCUCACCUUGGAAGCAAUGAGACAGAUCUUGAACCUUAGCUACAAAAAUCUUCCUCACCACCUCAGGACAUGCUUCUUAUAUCUUGGUAUGUUUCUAGAAGACUCUGAAAUAUAUAGGGAUGAGUUGGUAAGGCUAUGGGUCUCUGAAGGUUUUGUUAGUAAAGCACGUGGACAAAGCCCAGAACAAACUGCGAUAAGUUAUUUCAAUGAGCUUGUCAACAGGAGCCUUAUUCAACCUGUACAAAUUGACACGGAUGGAUCGGUGAGAACUUGCAAAGUACAUGAUAUCUUGUUGGAUCUUAUAUUGUACAAGUCCGCAGAAGAGAAUUUUAUCACUGUAGUAGACAGCCCGGAUGCCAUUACAGGACAGCUUCAAAAGCCCCGCCGGGUGCUCUUCAAUUUGGAUGGUGCAACAUUGCCAUGGGAUGGUAGUAUGUCACAAGUGCGAUCAUUUGCAAUGUGGAGAAGCUGCAAGAGUAUACCUUCUUUGGUAGAGUUCAAGUAUCUUCGAGUUUUUAUUGCUGACUUUAGUUCUAUUUCUACUGAUGAGAACCAGAAAAUCAACCUGACUGGAUUGUGUAAAUUAUAUCAGCUGCGACAUAUACAGAUUCGUGGCUGUGAUACAUGCCAGCUACCAACGAAGAUUAGAGGGCUACAAAACUUGGAAACAUUUGAUAUAGAUGGGUCAUGUCUCCCAAUGGAUAUUUUUCACCUGCCACGCUUGUUGGAUCUCCAUGUUCCAUCCGUUGAAAGGCUACCUAUGGGCGUUGGUAAAAUGACAUCUCUACAACAUCUGUGA